UGAGGACGCGCUGUGAUCCCGGAAGUGAUCCUGGCAGGCCGGGACGGCAAGAUGGCGGCGCGCGCAGUGCUCCGGGCCGUGUGCGGGCGUCUCUGGCAGAGUUCGAGGAAUUUUUCUGUAGAAAGUUCUAAGAGCAGCACAACCAAAAAUGGUGGCUUUCUUCUCAGUACCAAUAUGAAGUGGGUACAGUUUUCAAACCUACACGUUGAUGUUCCCAAGGAUUUGACCAAGCCUACAAUAACCAUUUCUGAUGAACCAGACACGUUAUAUAAGCGCCUGUCAGUUUUAGUAAAAGGCCACGAUAAGGCUGUAUUGGACAGUUACGAGUAUUUUGCCGUGCUUGCUGCUAAAGAACUCGGUAUCUCUAUUAAAGUACAUGAACCUCCAAGGAAAAUAGAGCGAUUUACUCUUCUCAAGUCAGUGCAUAUUUUCAAGAAGCACAGAGUGCAGUAUGAAAUGAGAACUCUUUACAGAUGUUUAGAGUUAGAACAUCUAACUGGAAGUACAGCAGAUGUCUACUUGGAAUACAUUCAACGGAAUUUACCUGAAGGAGUUGCCAUGGAAGUUACAAAGACAAAAUUAGAACGGUUACCAGAACACAUCAAGAAGCCAAUCUGGGAAACAAUACCAGAAGAAAAAGAAGCAAGCCAGCCAUAAAGUCGGAGAGAGACCACUUGGGCCAGCUUUUGGAAUGAGAGGCACGUGCGAUGAAGUGGAGAGCUUCCAGUUGAGACAGUGUUGAGUUCACCCAACUGCUCUGUCGAGUCCACAUGUCCUGAUCAGUUGAAAGCAAGGGAUGGAACAUUAGUGAUACAGUGGACUAUAGUGAAAGUACUAUUUUAUCUGUUGUUUUAUACAUGUCAUCAUUUCAGUUCUGAUUUUAACAAAUGUGAGUAAACCAUUUUGACUACUAUGCAUCAAAAGAGUCCGUUUAUAUUUUGUUAUUCUGUUAUUGUUCAAAUAUUAGUUCGUACUGAUUUUCAUGUAUGUCAUUCUUCUGAAAGUGCAUGUUUAAAAUACUCCUCACACACAUUUUUUUCUUUUGAGGCCCCUAAAAGGAACCUUGAGUUAAUUUGAUGAAUUUAACACUGAGCAAUUAAAGUUUUUUGUUUACCUUAGUGCAGGCUGGCAUAUGCUUGUUUGGGUGUGACGGCCUCCACAUUUACCUCAUUUAAGCAUUAAAUUCUUGAAAACGAGUAUACUUUGCAGCAGAUCAGGUACACUUGGGGCACACACUGAACCCUUCUUGUAGCCCGAACUCUUACAGAGCUGCGUAAAGGGGCCACUGUGAUGAUGGUAUUUGAGCUCUCAAGAAAUUACUACCUGUGUCAUUUUCCCUCUUCCUGUGAUUCAUUCAUUGAGCAGGCUUUUAUUUUAACUUCGUGCCCAGCACUGUAGUAAAUACCAAAAACCGAAUCAAUAUAACGGCUUUUGAAAAUUGUGCAAGGCACAGAAAAUAUUUUCCUUAUUAAGUUCCUCACUGAUAAGAAGUCCUCUUUCUUUUGGUAAAUGGCAUUCUUUUUGUUUGGAGAUGUCUACUUUUCCAUGAAAUUAAAUAGUAGUUAAAACCCUGAAAGAGGCAAGACUACAAUGGGCUUAAACUGUUGAUGUAGCAAACCCAAGGGAGUGAUUCGUUUCCUUUUUACAGCAGAAUCAGGUCCAUGUCUUUUGUGGUUUCCUUCACAUCUUUGGAGUACUUAGGGCUUCUCAGUUCCCCCGGCCUUAAAUUGGAAUUCCUAUUCUGCUUUCCCGACCGACUCUCAGGUAUCGGUGUUUUGAAUGCAUACUGCUUAUGUAUCAGACUUACAUUACUGUCAUUAACAUGAAAAGAAUUACAGCCUUGUGCCCCAUGACCUCAUUCUGUUCGCAGCUUGGUUGUUGACUGUGUCAUUCCCAAAUGCCUGAAGCAUGCUGAUCGCAGAUAGAAGCCUCAGGAUUAAGAACUAGUCGAUAAAACAAGAGCCAGAUAGUGGUAAUUACAUCUAGCAAAGCAGCAAUUGGUGGGCCAUUUUUACUUGAAAAGAAAUAAUUCUUUAAAAAUAAAUGUAGCUUUUUUGUGUGUUUUUUACGAACACUAUGAAUCACUAGUAUAAUAGGAUGAUUUAUGCACACUUAGCUGUAAUGACUCUCUAUAAGCUCCUCGGAAGGUGUGCUUCCAUUUCCAGCUGUUUUCAGACUAAAUGAACCUAUAAACCAGAUUACCUAGUUUAGCACUUCAAAUUAUGUGUUAAAAUCUUGUUUUAAGAUAAAUGCGCAAAUAAACUAUACACAUGACAAAAAC